CCUCCGCUUCUUCUUCUACUGCAAAAAGAUCCAAAUCCAAAACCUGCGCGUUUACAACUAUCUGGCGAAUGUGUGCUCGCGUGUUUGUUUAAUUCGUGGAGUCUCCGGAGUUGUUUCCAAGUCCCGCACUCGGAGGAUGAAGCGCCCCAAAACGUCGAGAGGUCCGCGAGUGCCGUUCUAGCUCGUGCAGUUAGCAGACGCCCUGUCAGCGGCGCUUCGGACGACGCAAAUGCGGCUGUGGCGGAAGCAUGCCAGUCGCUGCUGCGGAAGGACUCUCGACUCUCACUGGGAUCUCCGUGUUUGGCAGCUGAUCGGCCGUCCCUGUACAUAAGUUUUUUGUGUGCUUCGAGUGACGAAAGUGACCAUGACCGUCGAACAUUCUCCCUUGGAUAGCCACGCCAAGAAGGUGAGACAGCAACAGCAGCAGCAGGAGGAGACGAUUCGUCAGGUGAUCAACCAGCUGAAGGAAAUCACCGGCGUCGAGGAUCCAGCCAUCUUGGGUCAGGCCCUGGAGGCCAGCCGCACGGUCUCGGGCAACUAUGACCUCACCCAUGCCAUCAGCAUGCUGGUCGAAGAAGAUGGUGGACCGUCCGUGUCUCAGGUUGGCGCGAGGCCACAGGUGGCAGGCGAUGGGGCCGCGGCGCCUGGAAACCAUCCGGGGGCAGCCACUUCCCCUCAGAAGCGCCCUGCCAAGGUCGUUGACCUCACGGGAGAAGGGGACGACCUCCAGAAGGCAAUUGCCCUCUCCCUUCAGGAGCAGCAGGUGGCUGGCGUUUCUGCGGAGGAGCAGGACAUCAGUCGGGCUUUGGAGCAGAGCCUCGGAGGCAAACGCAAGCGGGGUGCCGAUGCCUGGCUGGACCCGGCCAACCCAUACGAACGCCGGCGGCUGGGAGACUGGCCUGUGGGCAUCAAGAACGUCGGCAACACCUGCUGGUUCUCAGCCGUAAUCCAGUCCCUGUACCACCUGCCCAUGUUCCGGCGCCUGGUACUGGCCUUCGAGCCACUCCGUGCAUCUGCCCGGGACGGUCGGCCGUUGCAGGAGCAGCGCAGCCUGGGGCUCAUGCUGGAGCUCAGGCCCCUGUUUGCGUUGCUGGCCGCCUCCCGGCGCAAGUACGUCGACCCCGGCCGGGCGCUCGAGCUCCUGCGGGACGCCUUUGUAGGCACGGCGGGAGGCGCUGGUGGAUCUCAGGGUCCCAACAACCAGCAGAUGCAGCAGCAGCAACAGCCACACCCUCAGCAGCAGCCUUCGCAGCAGCCUCAGCACCAACCCCAGCAGCAGCAGGACGUGUCCGAGUUCACGCACAAGCUGCUCGAGUGGCUGGAGGACGCCUUCCAGUUGGCCCACUGUGCUGCCAGCCCAGGCUCCAUACCUCGCAUGGAGCAGACGAACCCAAUGCUGGACCUUUUCUAUGGGCGCUUUCGGUGCGAGGGUGAAAAUGAAGGUCGGCAUUUCUCGCGAGAAGAAGCGUUUGGCCAGUACCCUCUUCAGGUGAAUGGAUUCAGUGAUAUCCACGACAGCCUAGAGGCGGCCACCACCAGCCUGGAACCCGAGAGUGCGUCGACACCAUCAUCUCGGCGACUAGGCCAAGAGACGUGGUUUACGAAGCUUCCACCCGUGCUGGUCUUUGAGCUCUCUCGGUUUCGUUUCAAUCAGCACCUCAACAAGCCUGAAAAGAUUCAUCAUCGGCUAGACUUUCCAGAGUUGCUCUAUAUGGACAGGUACAUGGAAUACAACAAGAACAUAACCCGCAGCAAACGUGAGGAGGUUCGCCGGCUUAAAGCUGAGCGGGAGAGGCUCAGGAGACAACUUGACAAGUACAUCCAGUACGGCUCUGGGCCCAAACGAGUGCCCCUGCAAGACGUGCUGCAAUACACGCUCGAGUUUGUCGAGAGCAAAGCGGCUCAGCAGAAAAGCGAGGAGGUGGAGAUGGGCUCACCGUCAUCAAGCCUGGGAGUGGGUUCCCCCGGCAGCUCGCCACCCGACGAGGGCCACUCGAGAGGAGAGAGCCCCCGAAACGUGAAUGAGGGACCCUGCCCACGCCACGUGGCAGAGCCCGAACUCCGGCUGCUGCAGAGCUGCCUGCGGCGGUGGCGAUCCGAGGUCGAGCACGACGUCAAGGAGCUGCAGGACAGCAUGAGUCGCAUUGACGCUACCAUUCGGGACAUCUACACAGAGCCGUCGUUACUACAGGUGCCAUACCGGCUGCACGCAGUCCUAGUGCACGAGGGUCAGGCCGCGUCGGGCCACUACUGGGCCUUCGUGUACUGCCCGCACCGCGCAGCCUGGCUCAAGUUCAACGAUGUCACGGUCAGCGAAGUGACGUGGGCGGAGCUGCUGCGGGACUCGGUCGGGGGCCACCACUGCACGUCGGCUUACUGCCUGCUGUACGUGGACCGCAGCAAUCGUGAUCUCUUCGAUGGUGCUAAGGACUCUGAGCUACAGCUUCCACCGGACCUAGCUCAGUACGUGGAGGCGGACAAUGCCGCCUUCCGCAGAGAGCUCGAGCAGUGGGACCUCAGCCACCGCGACAAGGUCACCGUGGAUGCUGCCACAAGUGGGAACGACAUCGUGGUCACCCCGGUGCAGUCGCAGCAGGAUCGGCCUAUGCCGACGGAUCUCAGCAGUGGUGGUGGAGUGCUCAGUGCCAGCCCAUCGUGGCCCGCGCUGCAGCAGGAGCAUGCCCAGUUGGCCCAGGGCUGGACCCAGGGUAGACUGGCGCAGUUAGGCACCACUCUGGCCGCUGAGGGGCCUCGGGGGGCAUUAGCCAAGGCGCUCGACCAGGAGCUUGCACGCCUGCAGCGGCUAGCCCGUGUGGCACAGCAGCGUACGGCUGUGCCACCGUGGCCGAAUCGGUCGAGUGGCACCGAUGAGGAAGACCCCCGGCUACAGCACAUUGGCCUCUUCUUGCUUCUCAACGGGGCCCCUGUGCAGCCGUACUUGCAUCGAGUCCUGCUUGAGCAGUUUGCGCAGCCGGACUUGGAGAAGGACCCUAUUGGGGCACCCCUGCGACAGGAAGCCCUGCGAUGGCUGACGGAGCUGUCUCCAUCGGGCGCUGCUGGGGACGUGGAGAUGGAGGCGGUGUACCGAGGCUGGCACGUGCUGUACUGUCGCUUCCGGCACCUGGCCAGUGCCCUAACCAUCGGACUGGAGCACUACUGGGCACACCGGCUGCCGUCUGCUGUCCAUCUGCUGGGCGCCGCAUGCACCCUGAACGAGGCGCUGCUUGCCAGGCCCCCGCCGGCCGAACCCCACUCCCGGUACCUGGGCUUUGACCCGAGGCUGCUGACAUACUGCCGACGCAUGGCACUACUGGCGCUGAAUGAAUACUGUGCGCGGCAGUUCGAGGAAGGCAGCUUGCGGGAUGCUCUGGGUGCCCUGAGGCUGAUGACCGACACGGUGCUGCCCCACCUUGCACCCCUGCUGAGCCCCCUGGCGGGUGCCCAGGACACGCGUGCCAUCGAGGAGGUGCGCAGCCGCUGGUGCGCCAUGCUGGGACUUGCCAUGCCAGACGAGAAGCAGGAGCAGCUGGAGGACAUGUUGAGCAAGCUGCUGGACCCCGGGGUAGACACGCCGCCCAUGUCUCCGCUGAGCAUCCCCCGAGUGACGAACCUGUCGGCCGCCUACGAGCAGGCCAUGCGACGGCUCACCUCGUCCAAGCACUUCGAGGCAGCACUUCACGAAGAGGGCCUGCCUUCUCUCUCCUAGCCCCCCCCCCCCCCCUUUCCCUCUGUUCUUUGAUGACCUAAUCCUUCCACCACAUGCUCUGUGUAAUAUUUCUUUUUUCCUCCCUUGUAUCUGCACUCCCGUCAUCUUUCUGACUCACACAAGAACGUGCCCUAUUUCUUUUUAUUUUCCCCCAUAUCUUUAGCACCGUUAACUUUUUUGCUGUCAGAGUGUUGUAGGAGAGGCAAGAGUCCCUUUUCCAAUUGCUGGCUAGGGGCGAACCUGUGUUUGGUCACUGUUGGGUGCUGCUGCCGUGCUGGGGCCUGAAACAACACAUCUGCUUUGCAUUAGUUGACAAUUCGUCGCAGUUUUGCCACUUAUGUAUCCCAAUUUUAAUUCAUCGUGGUCUUAAGAAUUUUAGUCUGAUAUAAAUUUACAUUUAAAAUUUUUAUUCUAAAAAUUAAUUUUUUAGUUUUUCAGUUGUCCGUAACGUACAAUUUCACUUGAGGCAGGAAAAGUUUUUGUACUCUUGGGUGUGAAGAUGCUUCUAAAUUAUGUAUAAAUGAAAAUAAAAUAAAAAUAGAGAACAAACUACAAGAGAAUAUAAUUAACGUAGACUCUGACGCCUUUUGAGUUUGCGGACACAGUUUGCUUCAGUGAAGUAUGCACACUGUGCAGUUAUAUGUUUAAUAUAUGCUGAAAAAAAAAUACAAUUCUACCCUGUGUUAUUCAGAGAUACAACUUAUCCUCAAAUCUCUUGCGUACGCGCGUGUGUAGUAAAGACAUCUAACUUUUAUUCACACUGUUUGUAAUGUGUCUUCUGGUGGGAGACACGUAUGUAAAUCCAUUAUCCAAAAUGGAAGAUAACCAAAUGCCAUUUUUGUUCUUUUUUUUCCUGCACUUUGCACGAAUUAACAAGUUUUAUGUGGUAUGAAGCUUGUUUUAUGAUAAUUUGACGUGCAUUCGUGAGCUGCGACCUUGCAUAUGCAUACACACAUUGCUAGACUAGUCUUGUAUUGUGUGCCUAACCUAACCUGGUGGUUCAUAGUACAAUUCACUACCAGCGAGCGCCAUCUGCGAGCUUGCUCAAUUUGAUGCCCUCAGUAGGAGCGUUGUUGCGAUGUAGCUUUUGGGUUUAAUUGGCAUUGGCAUUGUGUGGUUAGUGGGCUGUGCCAGUAGUGGUGAAGCAGUGGCAUCACAGCGAAGUGUAAAAUUAGAAUGAACACAAUCGGUGAGGGAACUAACCCGGUGAUCAACAGCCUGUUCUCUGCUUCUUUCUUUCAGCUAGGUUUCAGGCAGAGUAUUGAAUCUCUCUUGUCGUCUGUUCAAGUUUCUGUACCGAAUGUCUAACAGUUAGUUCCGGUGAAUAAGCAGCCAACACAUGCGAUCUAUCAUAUUGUUCUUUAGUCAUCCAAUGCUUCCAGUUCUGCGGUGACUGUGAAAGCGGCAGCGACAAACCUUUGCUAGUGUAUAGCUUUGUCAGUGUGGGUCGUUGAGCUUUUUGUCGUCUGCUUUCCGAUUGCAUCCGCACUUCUGCUGAGAUGUGCAGAGGCGCAGACAGCGCAGACAAGCGCCACACUGUGGUGCUAGCAUGAAGAAGGCUGUAGGAUUUUGCACUGCACUUGAGCGUUUGUGUGUAUGUGCGCCAUUGAACUCUGUUUUGCGAACUUUGGAUCUGUUGAGCUUGAAAAUUAAGGAUGCCUUCAUUGCCCCCACAAUGUCGCAGCACUUUUACAGUGGUGGUGCGGCUGCAACGAGCAAACUCUUGCACACAGGGUUUUGUGGUAGUAGCUGGUGUGCCGGUACGGUGUCGUUACACCAUGCUGUGCAGUGGUUGUUGGUGCUGGUAUUGUCAGUGGUAUGAUAAGGACCCUCUCCCCUGGCAGAACUAGGUCGGCCUGCAGCCAUGAUUAUUGUCAUUUAAACCAGUGUUCACUUGCAGUAAUCCGAUUAGGAGUUAUCAUGAGAUUAGACAGCGUACAAGAUGUCAUUUUACUUGACGCUUAAAUCUGCGUGCGCAGUAGCUUGACUGGUAAGGUCAAGAUGCCUUGAAAAUCGUGUUAGAUUGACAUAAGGAUGGGGCUGGGUGGAGUGGACCGGCAAUGUUGGGCUCAAACUGUGAUGGUUCAUGAAAAGGGCCCCCAUGUUAUCAUAAUUUAGGGUAAGGGGACACCCCUGAUAUUUCAACCUGGCCUUGGUAUGGAGCAUUCACAGAAUGCUCAUUUGGCAGUUUUACCUUGCAUAGUCGGAAGGCCAGUACGCCAAGGGGCGGGGGUGUCGUGUAGCUGUUACAAACGAGAUAUGGAAAGUAUUUUUAUAAUUUUUUUGUGUGCUCCAAUGUAAAUGGAAGAGAGGCUUAUUUUGAAUGUAUGUGCACGCACACACAGAAUGGAGGGUUGCUGCCCUGCAACUGAGAAACUACACAGAUAUUUACUAACGAGACGGAUCAUUUGAGAGUGUGGUACAAGUGAUGCAACUAUCGCUGAUGACAUACAUCGUCGAAGAAACCAGCAAACUUGGCUGUGCCUGAUGCAUCUUCUACGAUUUGUUGCCUUUUCAUCUAGCAUCUUGCAAGUAACCUGGUGGCGCUGAGAUUGGUAUUACGUCUGGGUGCACAUCCCACCGAUCGGGUCGAAGGGCAGGCUUCCCGUGCUCGCCAUUUGCCUUGGCUCACUUAGGCAAAGCCUGCACGCAGCUUACUAUGUGUGACAAUCUGCCAUGCCACAGUCUCGGUCGGCAAGGUGCGCAGCCGUGGAACGUGCUUCGACGUCGUCUCUCAGCUUUACCUAAUGGCACCUUGUCUCUGGGCUUCCCAGUCCCCGAACAAAUGACGUCAGGCCGCAUUGAACUCCUUUUGCAUGUACUAUGCAUUUGUGUUUGUCAUGUUGUAGUCUGGAAAGGCUUGUAAACUUUCUUUGUUUUCUGAUGAGAUUUGAGUGUGCUUUCUAUUUAAUGUCUUGUGCUCAAGCACUGUACCCCCUUUACAACCCUACCCUCUUUGAAUGCUUCUAGUUGUAGGUUGCAAAGAUAUAGUGACAAUAUGAAGAGUGGUGUUUCUAAAUUUUUUUCAGUUGUUGUUCAUCUCCCUCUCUAGACGGGCAUUGUUGCAAUUUCUUCUUAGACAUUUUUUUUAUUAUUACGUAAACUGCACUUAGCUUGCAUUUUACUGUUAACUCUCGAGCAAUGUCAUUGCCGUGCCUAUACCAAAACAUUUGCUUCUUUAGCGACAUGUAAAUUUCUGUACAAAUGUAAAUAAAAACCGUUGUUUGCGUUGCA